ACAGUAAUGUCACUGUCGACAUCAUUCCGACCCCAAUCGAUUCUGUUUUACAUGCCUUGCACAUGGGCCUUAUCUUUAGCAAUUGAUGAAGCUGUCGUCAAACAGCCACAGCCAAGCUUGACGGCAUGCACCACUGCGGGCUUGUUCAGGAUACACAGCAUAACUGACAAUGCCCACAAGCUACUGCAAUCCACAUUGUUUGACAGUAUGGUACUUUGGAGGCGAAACACUUGCAUUUACGCCCAGCCGCCCCCACACACCCGGCCGUAAACGAAGACCCCGCGCGGCCAACGCGACAAUUCAUCUCUAUAACGAACCAAUGGGCAU